UCACUUUCUAUCUGCUCAGGCUCUUGUUCAUUUCUCAGCAAGCGUCAGCUCGCCACUGAAUUGCCUUGCAACAUGCCACCAAAGAAGAUUGAACCAAAGAAACCUGAACCCAAAAAGCCAGAGCCUAAGAAAGAUGCAGCUCCAGCUGCUAAGCCAGCGCCACCUCCAGAGCCACAGCCUGAGCCACCCAAGGAGCCUGAGUUUGACCCCAAAAGCGUCACUCUUGAGUUCACUGCUGACCAGAUUGACGAGUUCAAGGAAGCCUUCACCUUGUUUGACCGCACACCAACUGGAGAAAUGAAGAUCACAUAUGCCCAGUGUGGGGAUGUCAUGCGAGCUCUGGGCCAGAACCCAACUAAUGCAGAUGUGCUGAAAGUGCUUGGUAAACCACGACCAGAGGACAUGAGUACUAAAAUGGUGGAUUUUGAGACCUUCUUGCCCAUGCUGCAGCAUAUCUCCCGCGCAAAAGAUCAGGGCAACUUUGAGGAUUUUGUUGAAGGGCUGAGGGUUUUUGACAAGGAAGGCAACGGUACCAUCAUGGGAGCAGAGCUGCGUCAUGUGCUGGCAACACUAGGAGAGAGGAUGACAGAAGAUGAAGUGGAUAGAUUGAUGGCUGGACAGGAGGAUGCAAAUGGAUGUAUCAAUUAUGCCUCCUUUGUAAAGCACAUUCUCUCUGGCUGAAAAUGGACAUUUUAUCAAAAAGACUUAAUUUUACAGAAUUUCUUUCUAUAUUUGACCAGUUAAAGGUGAUUUUGUCAUUAACGCUGUGACAUGUUGCAUGGUAAUUCAGUGAAGUCCCAGUCAAAGAAUGAGGACUUACAUAAAGGAAAAUCAACGAAUAAAGGAAAUAUGAUCACAA